CCAUCGGCAUAAGCAUCAUUACCAAAAUGGCUGCUUUGAAUGUGAUGCAUCAUUCUGCUCUUCAGGAAAAUGUCUUUGGAGUUCCCGACUUAUCUUUUGGUGUGCCUGACUGGAUGUCAGAAGAGCAUUCUAUGGGAACAUCAAUUAUGGCAGCGGAGUUCGACGGCGGGGUAGUUAUUGGCGCCGACUCCCGGACAACCACUGGUGCUUAUGUUGCCAACCGUGUGUCUAAUAAAUUGACAAAGGUUACCGACAGAAUUUUCUGUUGCCGUUCCGGAUCUGCUGCAGAUACGCAAGCCAUUUCUGACAUUGUCAAGUAUCACCUGAGCUUCUAUGAAAUGCAAAUUGGUGAACCAGCCGAGGUGCAAACUGCAGCAAGCGUCUUUCGCGAACUGUGCUACAACCACAGGGACCAACUCACGGCAGGGAUCAUCUGUGCUGGAUGGGAUCGCAAGAAAGGAGGACAAGUGUACAUGAUUCCACUUGGUGGCAUGAUGAUGCGACAACCUAUUGCCACUGGUGGGUCUGGCAGCACCUACAUCUACGGUUAUGUGGAUGCCAACUACAAGGAAGGCAUGACGGAGAAAGAGUGCAUGGACUUCGUCACCAAAUCACUUGCCCUUGCUAUGUCUCGUGAUGGCUCUAGCGGUGGUGUCAUCAGACUCGGUGUCAUUACAAAGGAUGGAGUAAGACUUGAAGUGAUAUCUGGAGACAAGCUUCCAAAGUUCUUCGAAGGUUAACGCCCUCUAAUCCCCUUGAUAUAAAGAACUGAACACAU